AUGCUGCGGGCGCUGGCGCUGGCGCUGCUGGUGGCGGCGCUGGCGGCGGGGGGCGGCCCGGGACCCCCCCCGCUCCGCGGGGCCGAGCUGCGGGACCUGGCCCGGGGCAAGGUGGAGACCUGCGGCGGGUGACGGCUGAACCGCCUGAGGGAGGUGAAGGCCUUCGUCACCCAGGACAUCCCCCUCUACCAUAACCUGGAGAUGAAGCACCUGCCCGGUGCUGACCCCGAGCUUGUGCUGCUCAGCCACCGAUACGAGGAGCUGGAGAGAAUUCCCCUGAGUGACAUGACCCGGGAGGAGAUCAACCAGCUGGUGCAGGAGCUGGGCUUCUACCGCAAGGAGACACCUGAUGCCCCCGUGCCUGAGGAGUUCCAGUUUGCCCCUGCCAGGCCUCUGCCCAGGCUGCUGCCCCACCAAGCUUCUACCGCUGAUGGCAAGACCCCACCCGAACGUGACGAGGGAGAACACCCAGACCUCUAGUGAGGGGUGCCGCACUCGGGGGAGGGUCCUGCAGCCAGUCCCCAGCACGCGGGGACGAGGGCAGCUGGGGCUGGUGCCGCAGGGUGGCGAAGGUGCCGCCGCUGUUGCUUGGUGCUGUGUAGCCUUUGCCUUGAGGAUGCCCUGAGCAGCUCCAGCUUUGAGCAGGGGCUUCCUGGACAUUGUUGCCCUCCCUCCCCUGCAGCCCAGCAUCGGGAGGAGCAGCGUUCUUUGUGCUCCUUUGCUGUGCCCCGAGGAACAGCUGACUCCCGGCGCUGGGCAGCAGUAUCCUACCUGCCUGGGACAGGAUGAAACCCUCAGCAGAAAGCCCCAGGUGCUGAGGGUAGAUGUGCUGAGUCCCAGAGGUAGGAGAGCUGCCCCCAGGGGGGUGUGGCUUUACACUGCAGCAGGGUUGUCUCGUAUUGAGCCCCCAGUAAAGCCCUCAUGUACA